AUGUCUCUUCCUUCCAUUCCUCUAGGCCUGCACCUUUUGGAAACGUUGUUUUCGCACUAUAUAUCUGCGACUGUUAUCUUCAACAAAAGCAAGGUGAUCAAUGAGUAUCUUGAAUCCAAGCUGCCUGAACAUGCCACUCAAGCGAUGUUUGCGCUGGCAUCAAUAAGAGACUACACAGAUCAGGAGUCAUGA